AUAUGCCUGUCUGAGUGUUUGUGUGUGUGUGUAGGAGAUGAACACUGUGGAGAAGUUCAACACUAGUGCCAUCCUGACCGUGAAUAUCUUGGACGGAGAUGACCAGUACCCACAAUUCCUGCCGUGCAUGCCCCCCUCUAAUGACCAAUCGAAUCGUGUCUGCAGCAACCCUGUCUACACGGUUAACAUCACAGAAGGCGAACAGGACGUUCUUCUGGACUUCUCUCCUGGGCCGAUCAAUGCUGUGGAUGGAGACAGAGGCCUCAACUCACCUCUCAGCUAUAGCAUUCUGUCAGGGGCUGAUAAUGGGCGUUUUGUGAUGGAUGAGGUGACAGGGGAGGUGCGUCUGAUGAAAGAAGUAGAGAACAGACUACUGACACCCACACUACGCCUACGGGUCAUGGCGUACCAGAGGAAUGACCCUAGGAAGUACUCAGUUGCCACAGUGGUGAUCCGUGUUGUGGCUGUCAACCGCUUUCCUCCCCAGUUUGGUCGGGCCGAAUACCGUGGUUUUGUCACUGAAGGCAACAGCCCUGCCUCACUGGUCAACACUUACGGAAACACCGUGCUGCUGCUACAGAUACAGGACAGGGACUUCUCUGAUGGGAUUAAUCCCAAGAUGCACUACUCCCUGAGGUCCUCGUCCAAUCACACAGAGUUUUACCACAUCACACAGGAGGGGCUUCUGAUCGCCAGGACCAAUCAGCUACGGCCAUCACAGAAACACAGUCUGAAGGUAGUGGCUGUGGAUCUGGAGUCAGGUGACAUGGCCACGGCUCUCAUAAAGGUGGAGGUGCUGUAUGAAGGACAAAUAGUCCCUCAGGGCCCAUUGGGGGACGGGCGUCUCCAUGGUAGCUGUGCAGUAGGCAAGGCUAUGGGUGUGGUCAUCCUGGGGCUGACUCUGUUAGGCUGCGCUCUGUAUGCACUGCAGCAUGUCCUCCGGACAUACAGAGGACUGAAGGACCCAGAGGACAGGGGCUGUAUUGCACAGGGAAAACACCCCAAUGUGAGAUUACAAUGGUUCCAACUGGUGAGUCACAGUAGCCACAUGCCAGUCCUUGAUGAGGUGAAGUUCAAAAAGGAGGGUCUAAGCACCUCCACCUCCACCUCCAAGCUACUGGGCGGUCAGAGCAUUUACACACCUGCAGACUCGGACCCUUCUCCAUUCAACGCUUUACCCAUAGCUACACCCUCAACAACCUACAUCCAGCCUAUACUAGCCAACUCCACCCAUACACCUGCUACAACCAUCACACCUGAACUACUCAAGACAUCCACUCAACUCCUGGGCAACUCCAGCUCUAGUACACCCCCACACCCAUCACCUACACCUACCAUGGAUCAGACAGACUCGCCUUUAGCUACACACCCCUCCCCUGUUGCAGAUCCAAUAGGUACACACACUCAGAUAGAAGAGACACCUACCUCACCUAACCAUCAGCAGGUACACACACCUUUACCUCCUCCCACUCCGAUCAACUCACCCCCUCACCCCACACCCCCUCCUACCUCACCUACCACACCUCUCCCUUUCUCACCUACUCCAGGCCCGGUAUACAAUCCUGAAUGUACAGGAUAUAAUCACACACCUUUACUUACUCCCCCCUGUCCAGAGCAGGACAGGGUAGGGACACCCCCACCUAAACCCACCCCAGGGCAAACACAUACCCCUGUACUGACCAUCACCUGCCCAGAGCAGGUAGGACAACCAGGGUACCCUGAGGAGCGCAGACCCUCCACCCACAGCCCUGAGACAGCCUCCAUCGGUGAUGAUGACUGCUUCCUGGGGGAUGAAGAGGCCACCAGGAACAGUGAUGAUGAUGAGGAUGAAGAGCUGGUGAGACUCUAUUCUCACAUACAGCCCACAUUCCUGAUAACAGACUAUGACAAUGACAUCACGACUGAGAUCCCUGCCAGUGGUGGAGAGGAGGAGGGGACUGGGAAGAGCGAAGGAGUGGAGAGAGAGAGGGUUUGGAUGGAGGGAAACAAGGGAGGGGCCGGGAGAGACAGGGAUGAUAUGGAAGGAAAGGGGGGUAAAUUAGAGAGCGAAGGGGAGAGUUUGAAACAGGGGAGUCCAUCAUUUCAACCCUGUGAUACAGAGCAGGAAGUAUCAGUGGGCCAAUCAAAGGAGUGAUAAACAGUAACCCAGCAACACUCUCUAGUCACUGAGGCCAAACAUUUAAGAACACUCUGAAACACGCUUGCACAAACACACACAGACACACACACACGUACACUGAUGAUAUUAGAACACCCUAGACUUGCCUCAAGCAAGUGUAGGUGAAACACAACACAACUGGCCAUGUGUCUGAGAUAUAGGCCACACUCCUCUUGUAAGGCCUUUGACUUGAGUCUUUUGUGUUACUGUGUUUUUGUUGAUGUUCUUAUUUUGUUCUAAAAUGGUUCAAGGGACUCCUGGACACUGUGUGUAGGCCUACUUCUGUCCUCCCCUUUGCCCAUUCUUAUUUAGUUUUUACAAGAAACACCCCUGUGAUAAAAUGUUACCUACUUCAUUGCUAGCCAUGAACUUCAUGCUUCUCACAUAGUUCCAAUGUCCACAACACAGGAUGUGGAAUGAUGGUCACGAGAAAUUGCUUCAGCAAAUAUUUUUGUUGUUUGGAUUGUGUGUUCUUCUACUGUAUUUCUGUGUAGCGUGAUGUAAAAUAUGAUGACCAGAAUUUUCAGGUUACAUCAACUGUCUCAGUCUGUCUCUACAGUAUAUAUCAGUAAAGCCAUCAUGUGACUGAA